AUGCGUCCACGUCCAGUCCUGCUCUCCACAAUCACCCUGGCCUGCGCUCUCCCCCCCACAGCUCACGCCUUUCAGUUCACCGGCCCCGACUCGGCCGACAAACUCGACCUCGCCAAGCCCAUCACGGUAGAAUGGAGCGCCACGGAAGGAUCCCUCCACGUGCCAGAGGCCCGCUCACUCGAGCUCUGGUUCUCCGCAGUCACUGGCGAUAGUGGUAGCCAGGCUAGCUGGCAGCUUGCCGCCAACCUGUCCAUCUCGAGUCCUACCUCGUACGAGUGGGACCCCAGCAGCAUCGUGGAAGGCAUCCAAGACAUCGACGGGACUCUCUCGCCAGAGGCGGUGCACAACUUCGAGGCUAGGCUGCUUGAUGUGAAUGGGAACAGGCUGGCAACGGUUGGGAGCGACAACUACGCUGUCGAGGGCUUUGACUUUGUUGAAAACAGUGUCGGCGGCGAGAGGACGCGGGCUAGGGUCUACUUGGCCGUUGUUGGUGCGGCGGCAGGAGUGCUGCUUGGGGACCUGUAG